UGUAGUGAUGUUUCUGAGCUUCCUGGUCGAUCUCUUUGACUGCCGUCGCUUUGGCGGCGAUUGCAUGAUGGAGUUCCCAUCCCCGCCGCAGAUUGAAGAAACAAAGCCCAAGCUGGUUAGGGUGGAACUACCGCCGCCGCCUCCACUGACCUUUGAAAUCAUCUGCAAUCCCUGGGCCACCGAACAGGAGUGCUGGAAUGAUGGCUACGGCUUCGAUGAUCCCCGACUGCCGGAACUAAUCAUUUGA